AUGAAUGCCGGGGGCCCCUUCCGCGGGCCGCCCGCGUUCUCGCCGCUGCGCUUCGGGCAGGCUCCCGUCUUCGGGCAGGGCGGCGGUGCCGCCGGCCUCCCCUUCGCCUCCAGGCCCGGGCCCGCCACCUUCGGGACGCCCUAUGGGCUAGGCCAGGCGCCGGCCUUCGCGGCGGCGGGCGGCGGCGGGGCCCCGGCCGGCAACACGGGGUUCAGCUUCAAGCCGCCCACCAACCUGGGCAGCUUCCCGGGGCCGGGAGAGGCGCCGGGCGGCGGCGGCGGCUUCGCGGCUUCCGAGUUCCGUUUCAAGGCGCCUGAGAACGCCCCUACCGCCUUCAAGCCGCUGCUGGGCGGCGAGGUGGAGAAGGGCCCGGCCGCCCCCGCCGCUUUCACCUUUUCGCCGCCCUUCGGCUUCGCGCCCGAGGCGGGCCCCGAGGUGGCGGUGGCGGGGGAGCCCUUCUCCUUCUCGCGUCCCGUCGCCGCCCUGGGCCGCCCGGAGGAGAAGGGACCGCGGCCGCUCUUCGAGGAGCCGGGAGAGCCGGCGUCCAAGGGCCUGAAGCGGAAGGAGGAGCGGGAGCGCUCCCCGCGGCAGCCGGCGCCGGGCGGGCGGGCGGUGUCGGCCCCGCCGCCGCCGGAAAAGCGGGCGGUGCUGCUGAGCUGCCCCCGCGGCGGGGCCCUCUUUGGCCGCACGUUGCAGGAUAUGCUGCGCAGCCAGGGCCGCGGGCACCGGGACCGCGGGGAGGCCGCUGAGACUGAGCGGGGACCCACCGAGGAGCUGGCGCCGGCCGAGUCCCGGGAGCCGUCCCGGGAAGAUGCCACCCCCAACACCUCCGCCCGACGGGCUCGGGGCGGCGAGAGCACGGAGGGACUGGGGGGGCUGUUGCCUGGCGAGCUCACGGCCAUCCAGUGCAAGAACAUCCCCGACUACCUCAACGACAGAACGGUGCUGGAGAAGCACUUCGGCCAGUUUGUAAAAGUUCGACGGAUCAUGAGCAGGCGCAAUAAAAAGAUGGCCAUUCUCCAUUUCUUUGAUCAUGCCUCUGCAUCUCUUGCCAGGAAGAAAGCAAAAGAGUUGCACAAAGACAUAAUAACAUUUUGGCAUAAGAAGAAAACAAGUCCAGCAAAAAGAGAAUUUUCAUCCAAGGAGAAGAAAGCAGGUGAAGAUGAAGGAAGGCAAAACAGUGAAGAGCAAAACUAUCAGCACUCACCUCUUCGAAAGCCCUUAAUAAGAUCCUCUGCUGGCAGUGUCAUACCUGGAAAAAGUUCUCCAGCAAAGAAGUCAGGUCUCCGAAAGGCACUGCAGUUUGAAGCAGAUCUUUUUGAUUCUAGUUCUGAAGGACAGAGCACAGAGGCCUUGGGAGCUUCGUUGUCCUCUCUUAGUAACCUGGUGGGAUUAGUGGCUGAGACAUCUGAAGAAAGGUACCGUCUUCUGGACCAAAGGGACAAAAUCAUGCGACAAGCUCGGAUAAAAAGGACUGAUCUUGGCAAAGCUAAAACUGUUGUUGGCACUUGUCCAGACAUGUGUCCUGAAAAGGAGAGGUACAUGAGGGAGACGAGAAACCAGCUCAGUAUCUUUGAAGUCCUUCUAGGAUCUGACAAGGUAGAUCAUGUAGCAGCUAUCAAGGAAUAUAGCAGGUCUUCAGCAGAUCAGGAGGAGCCUUUGCCCCAUGAAUUGAGACCCUCUGAGGUGCUGAGUAUGACCAUGGACUAUUUAGUGACAAAUAUUAUGGAUCAAGGAGAAGGAAACUACCGAGAAUGGUAUGACUUUGUCUGGAACAGAACUCGUGGAAUAAGAAAGGAUAUAACCCAGCAACAUUUGUGCAACCCACUGAUGGUUUCUCUGAUUGAGAAGUGCACUCGCUUUCACAUCCAUUGUGCUCACCACUUGUGUGAAGAGCCUAUGUCCUCCUUUGAUGCAAAAAUCAACAAUGAGAACAUGACUAAAUGCCUGCAGAGCUUGAAGGAGAUGUAUCAGGACCUGGCUAACAAGGGGAUUUACUGCAAGAGUGAAGCAGAAUUCAGAGGUUACAACGUCUUGCUGAAUCUCAACAAGGGUGAUAUUCUCAGAGAAGUACAGCAGUUUCAUCCAGAGGUUAGAAACUCUCCUCAAGUUAGAUUUGCAGUUCAAGCUUUUGCUGCAUUAAACAGCAACAACUUUGUGAGAUUUUUCAAGUUGGUGCAGUCUGCUUCCUAUCUGAAUGCCUGUCUCUUACAUUGUUAUUUCAACCAGAUUCGAAAAGAUGCUCUCAAGUCUCUCAAUAUUGCCUACACUCUGAGCACCCAAAGAUGUACAGUGUUUCCCUUGGAUCACCUGGUUCGCAUGUUACUCUUCAAAGAUUGUGAUGAAGCAGCUGAUUUUAUAAGUUAUUAUGGCCUGAGUGUGUCUGAUGGUGCUUAUGUGGAGCUGAAUCGCUCGGCCUUCUUGGAGCCCGAUGGGUUGCCCAAACCACGAAAAUCCGUGUUUGUCAGCCAGAAACUCACUGUCUGUGUUGGGGAAGUUGUCAAUGGUGGACCAGUACCCUCACCACCUCACCACGUGCCUGUGUCCAGCUUCAAUGGGCAGAACAAGUAUAUUGGUGGAAGCAUCUCUGUGGAUCAAGCCAGUAGUAGCCAAAAGUCCAGCGUGGAAGCAACAGAAGGAAGAAUGGAAGGCAAAGGUGUGGAUGUGGAUGCUGCAGCAUUAAGAGUCCAGCCCCCAGCUCAUCUCCUGCCCUCGCUGUUACCCCGUCAGCUUGUGCCCCUGCUGCCUUCGCAGGCAACAGCAGCCUCCCCACCUGCUGGACAUCCUGAGCGUCUCCCUUCAAAGCCUCAGCCUGUCUACACAGACACAGACAUUGCUGAAGUGGUGGAUGCGCUUGUGCAGGAUGUCCUCAAAGGAGAGUGCAGAGAAGUUGGCAGAGCAGGAGUGGCUUAUGUGGCUGCUGCCAUCUGCACCUCGGAGGCUACUGUGGAGGAACUUGUGACCCAUUUGGUGGAGGAGACCCUCAGAGAAGUGGCUGGGAGCGUGCUCAGUGCGGAAAGGGAACGCGUCAGAGAGGAGAGGCGCAGAGUGGAGGAGGAGAGGCAAAAGCAGGAAAGAGAACAGCUGAUAAAACAGUUGAGCCAGUUGGUGGGUAUGGAGUUAAUGGAAGAAGUAGUAAAGGAGGGUGUUCAAGAAGCUUCAACCAGUGAGUUAAAAUGUGCCUUAGAAAGAGACCGACAAGCCCGGAUUGCCCGGUGUUCAGAAGAAGUCUGUGGUCGUGUCAUGGACCACUUUCUGGAGGAUGAGAUUUUCCAGAUUGCUAAGGAAACCCUUCAGGAGCUCCAGUGUUUCUGCAAGUACUUGCAAAGGUGGAGGGAGGCAGUGGCAGCUCGAACGAAGCUGAAACGUCAAAUGAGGGCAUUUCCAGCUGCUCCUUGUUGCACAGAUCCAGAAAAUAAACUGAAAGCACUCUCCCCGAGUGCGGAGUGGCCUAUAGCCAUGGAGAACUUGUGCAGGAGAAUUGUAAACCUGGGCAAUGGAGGAAAGCUGGGAGUCUCUUGUACAAGAUUGAAUUGGCUGAGGAACAAGACAGUGCAUGAAAUUAAAGUUCAGCAUUUCUACCAGCAGUUGCUAAGUGAUUUAGCUUGGACUCCCCUGGAUCUUGUCUCGCUAAUCACUGAAAAUCUUCCAGUUCAACAAGAACAGUUUUUUUGGAAGGUGCUGUUGGUUUUGCCAAGUGAUGAUGAAUAUGCAGAAGAUGAUCCCAACAGAGUGCUGGUGGAUUGGUUGAAAGCCAAAUUUAUGGGUGACAAAAGUUGGAAGAAAAAUGCUCCGUAUAUAAAAGGCAGAAUUCAAACACUGACAUUAUUUAAUUCUCCUGCCAUGCAAGGGAGCAGAAGCAUUCAAGUCAGUGUGUGUAUAAAGGUGGCACAUGGUGUGCUCUCUGACACUGAGCUGGAUACAGCUGAGAUGCAGAAAGACUUGCUUGGAACCAGUGGUCUCAUUCUUCUCCUGCCCCCUCAAAUUAGGAGUGAAGAUGUUGCAGAAGAUGAUGUUUAUUGGCUUUCAGCUUUGCUGCAGUUGAAACAGUUGCUUCAGGCCAAACCUUUCCACCCAAUUCUUCCCCUGGUAGUUCUAGUUCCCAGUCAGGAAGACGUGGCCAUAGAGAAAGAAGUAGAAGAAGGUUUGAUGCUGCAGGACUUGAUUUCAGCCCAGCUUAUUUCUGACUACACCGUUGUUGAGCUCCCAGGUUCAAUCAAUGAUUUACAAGGCACCGAAAGGGUUUCUGAGGCUGUGGGCUGGCUGGUUUCCCAGUGCCCUGACUCCCUGGAGCUCUGCAGUCAGACCCUUCAGGAGUAUGUCGAGGAUGGGGUUGAUGGUGAAUUUGGCAAGCGCUUCUACCAUGACUGGCAGGAGAGGCGUGUAGCUGGCCUGCCAUCUCAGGACCCUGAGGUCAUCAUAGAGCUGUACAACAGUGUGCUGCAGUUUCUUUCUGAUGUGGCAUCCUCAGAGCAUCUUUGUGACUUGUCUUGGCCCAUCACUGAGUUCUCAGAGGCUGGGGGUAACAAGCUGUUGCCCCACCUGCAGUGGAACAUGCCUGAUCACCUGGCCUGGCUAAAGAAGGCUGUGCUAUCCUUCCAGAUCCCAUACCUAGAUCUGCCUCCAUUAGGUGCUCCUUGGCGUCCUGUUUGCCACAUGAUUUUUCAGUAUGUGUCUCAGAUUGCAAGUUCUCCCCAGACUCAACCAUUGAUCCAAUCUCAAGUGGAGAAUCUGCUGAGCAAAACUUACCAGAAGUGGAAAAACAAGACGUCAGGCAACUCUGAUGAAGGUGGACCUUCUGUUGAUGAGAUCCCUUGGGACAAUAUCUUGGCAGUCUGCAUUGAUCAUAAACUGAGGGACUGGAAACCACCCAAACUGCCUGUUUCUCCAGAAGCAGUAAGUGAAGAUGGUCAGAUUCGUGUGUACUUCUUCAAGGAGCAUUUAAAGAACUUCACUCUCCCCUUUUCCUGGGAACAAGCCAGACUGCGCACACAGAAGGAGAUCCAGCAGGGCCAGGAGAGGUCAAGGGUAAAAUCUGCAAAUUCUUUUAAGAAACCUGGCAUCUCCAUGUUGACAGGCCAGUAUGGUUCUGGCAUCAGCAUGCUUCCAGGUCAAGGAAAGAGCAUUCCCAGUGCAGAUGAAUUCACAGACACAGCUUCAGCCCAGGAGCUUCUCCCAGAGCGUCUGUUGGCACAGUUGCAACUGGAGAAAAUAGAAAGCAGGAGGUUUGAAGAACAAUUGCACCAAUGGCUGGCUGAGGACAUUGAGCCCCAUGGUGAUUUUGUACCUCUUCCUCUCUACCUCCCCCAGUCUCUGGUCUCUACCACGACUGUCACCUGUCCAUUGAUGAAGAGUCCCAUGUCAUCUGCUCAGGAGGUGGAGUGUCAAGAGGCAUGCAAGCUUUCAACAGAGGAGCUAAGCCCCACGCUGUCAGACAGACUGAAAUACCUGCAGCAGCUCCUCAGAGCAAACAGGGAAGGUGAAACUGCCUCUGAGCUCCACCUGUCUGCUCUUGCGGAUAUGGUGGAUAUUUGAGCAGAGAUGAGAUAGGUGUGCAGACCAAGAAAUGGUAAAGAGAAUCAAGGCUGGGUGGUUGAACAGAUGGGCUCCUAAGGUGCAUUCCAGAAAAAGCAGGUGUCCUCCCGGGAGAAUACAGAGUGGACAUGGGGCCUGGACCCUUGUUGCUUGUCUGCCUGGCCAGAGAUGAUGAUGUGGCUCACUGUGUCCCUUUGGCUCCCAACUGUGCCUUGGCUGGUCUGGGACUCCCUUCUAUGCCUCACAGGCAUAGGGACAAGUCAAAUGCUUUUCUUGGAAGGACUUAACUGGUGGUUUUUCUUUCUACCAUCUCUUGUUGUUAAACAGCUUCACCAGGAGAAAGCUGUAGGGUAGCAGAGGCCCCUGGGAACAUCAGAGCAAUGUUUCUCUCUAGUCACAGUCCCCAGGAUGUCCCAGCUCUGUCCUUGCUUCAUGCAGAAGCAGUGCUGUGGUGUGAAGUUGAUGUUUUGCUGCCCAGGAACUUCCUGAGUUGGUGCAACACUUGGCUGUGUUUAAUAAGGUUGCUCAGUGCUAAUGCAGAAGAGUUGUGCUGCUGGGCCUGGGUUUUAAUGUAUUGAAUAUCUGUGGCAUUAAAAUGAGAUGAAUUGGUCAUUCUACAAAUUAAUUGCCAUGCUGGAAAGCUGGACCCUUUCUGCAGUAGACAGCUAUGAGGAAAUUAAUUUCUGAUUACGUCCAUUCUCAAUUAUUUUAAAAGCUGUGGCUUUGGAAGUUGAAGACUUUCUGUGUUCAGUUUAAUAUUGAUUCCCAGUAAACAGUAGGAAGAUGUGCUUCAUGUCUGCAGUACUCCUAUACAAAGUCUUUUUUGUUACAGUGUCAGCAGAUUUUUUUUCAGACAGAAGCAUCUGCCUGGUGAAAUACAAAUUAUUGCAGCUUUGGAGGUAAAUGUUGAUUCUUUUGCCUGACAGAGGCCAGUUCUCUGACUUGCUCCAAAUUUUAUUUGAAAUUCUUAGUAGUCCACAACUGUCAGCUACCUUCCUAAAAAGUAAUCCUAUGUUUAAUUGAAAUAUAAAAUUUUAACUGCAGAAAUUAUUCUUUGAGACCGUUUAUAGGAUUUUUUUUUUGCUGGGCUGGUAACCUUCAGGGCUUUUGUGCCUCUGCAGUUCUUUUCCAUGAUUUAUCCCAGUUAAUGUUCUCAGUUUACCUGGAAUUCAGAUGUAAAAGCCCCGAUGUGUUUUGGGAUGUAAUUCACCCCAUCUGCUAUGUAAAUCUGCUUUGUACCUAAUAAAUUUUUAGUGGCUUGAACUGUGCUGUCAUCUCCAUU